CAAUGGCAUCUCCCUUUACUACCCAGUCAAUAAACUUUUUGACAGGUAGUAAACCAUAUGGUUUUGUCACCUUUACCUUAUUCAAAGAGGAUUGGAUUCAUUUUUCAGUUGUAUCAUGUAUGGCAGACAGAACAUUUUGUGUCGGCUGUCAACGUGGUAAAGAAGACAUUAAAGCCGAAUCCUGGUGCAGUGAUUGUGGUGAACUAGUUUGUAAAACAUGUGCUAGAGUUCAUGAAAGAAUGUACCCACCUCACAAGAUAGUACCAAUGAAAGAAAUACAAGAACUCAGUUCUUCACUUCUUACAUUGUCCAAGAACUGCGAGAAUCAUCCCGACCAGAAGAUCGUACUGUAUUGCUGUCAACAUGACACGGUGAUCUGUGAUUCAUGUGUACCGGUAUCACAUCCUAAAUGCAAUCCUAUCAUUUCAGUCGAAAAGGCUGCCAAAAAGGUAAAAGAUAGCACUGCUAUAUUGGACCUAGAGAGAAGAAUUAGCAAUCUAAGCCAAGUUACAGAAAACAUACUGAGUCGAAAUAAGACAACAUUUGAAGAUUUGAAAAAAAGUCGGAGCAAAAUCACGAAAAGCGUGACGGAAAUGAAACUGAAAUUUAUCGCCCAUUUAGAUAAGUUAGAAUCAAAUUUACACAAGGACAUUGAUAACAAGUAUGAACAGUGUGCAGAGGCGGUGUCCCAUGUUAUAACUACCGUCCAAUCAAGCUACGACUCACUAUCCACAUGGAGAAAAGAUAUCAAAUCACUAAAGCAAUAUACAUCUGAAAUUCACUUAUUCCAGGCAGUAAAAUUUCUAGAUGCGAAAACUCACCAACAAGAAAUGGAAAUCAGAGAUAUUCAAACAGCUACUGUUCCGACACUAACGUAUCAUCCUUCAGGGUUAGAGUCAAACAUACAAAAUGAACUCCCAGACUUGGGUACAAUAGAUAUAGAGAAUGUCCAAGCACCAACAUCUGUACUAGAUAUUGACCAGCAAUGUCAGUUUAUGGUCGGAGAACAGAGGAAGUUAUCGUUGACAAAUUUAUUCAAGACUACAAAAUUAGGUGAUAAUGUGCACGUUCAUAGAGGUUGCUUUAUCCCUGGUGGUAGGUUACUCCUAAGUCAGCGUUCAAUGAAUACACUUUAUGUUUGUGAACUUGAUGGCUCCAACCCAAAAGUAAUUAAAGUUGAUUAUAAGAUAGAACAUAUUAACGUGUAUGACAAUACCCAUGCUUUUGUAUCUGCAGGUUAUGGAGGUAUCCAGAUCAUUGACCUGAACUUAUCUAAACCUGGAAGAAAAAUAAAGAUUGAAGGACAUUGUUACGGAAUCACCAGUGUAAAAGAUAAAAUAUGGGUCGAAAAUCAACCCAGAACUCUAACUCUUAUGAAUAUCAGUGGUAAAGUUAUGAACACGAUAAAAACAACGUUCGAUCCAUGUGACAUAUGUGCCACCAAAGAUGGUGGUGUAUACUGUUCAGACGUUACUAAAAGUAAAGUCUACUUCGUAGCAUCGGAUGGGAAAGAACAAGAGAUAUACAACAGCCCUGACCUGAAAUGUCCAAGUGGUGUUGCAGUAGAUGAUCAUGGUGAUGUUUAUGUAGCAGGAUAUUUAUCAAACAACAUACACAGAAUAUCUGGUGAUGGACAGAUAGAAAUUGUCCUGACAGAAAACGAUGAUAUCAAUAAACCAGGCGAUUUAUCUUACAACUUUGAAACGAGAGAACUGUUAGUGGUAAACAACGAUAGUGAAACAAUUAAUAUUUAUCAAACCUAUUAAAGAACACAAUACUGUUAAUCCAAACAUGAUCGUAACAUGAUAUCUGUUUCAUUAUUUCUAGUUUCCAGUAAUUCGUUUUGGGAAUGUUGAAUAUUGUCUAUUUUUUAUAUAAUAAAAUAAUGAAUGAUAUGAGGAUCCAUCCACGACACAAAAUCUACACAGUAAUAACAACAACAACAACA